AUGGAUUCCUUGACGACCCAUCCUGCCACCGCGCAGCAAGCUAAGGCGUUCACGUCCCCGGCCUCGCUGUCGUUCCCAGGUGGUGCUGGCGAACUGACCCCGCCGUCUUCCUCCGAAAAAGACGCCAACGGCGCCCAGCAGCCUAACCAGCCUCAGCAUGUCUCUGGUGGCGGCGCUGGAGGUGGCACACCUGCGACUCCUGUUGCGACUCCCGGAGCUGGCCCCGGCGUGAGUGGCAUUGUACCAACGCUGCAAAACAUCGUUGCCACCGUCAACCUUGAUUGCCGAUUGGAUCUCAAGACUAUCGCCCUCCACGCUAGAAACGCGGAGUACAAUCCAAAGCGUUUUGCCGCCGUGAUCAUGCGUAUCCGAGAACCCAAGACUACCGCCCUGAUCUUUGCAUCCGGCAAGAUGGUCGUGACCGGCGCAAAGUCGGAAGACGACUCGAAGCUCGCGUCUCGGAAAUACGCACGUAUCAUCCAGAAGCUCGGGUUCAAUGCCAAGUUCACCGACUUCAAGAUCCAGAACAUCGUCGGCUCGUGCGACAUCAAGUUCCCGAUCCGUCUCGAAGGCUUGGCCAGCAGACAUCACAACUUCAGCUCUUAUGAACCAGAGCUGUUCCCCGGCUUGAUCUAUCGUAUGAUGAAGCCGAAGAUCGUCCUGCUCAUCUUCGUCAGUGGUAAGAUCGUGCUUACUGGCGCCAAGGUUAGGGAAGAGAUAUAUCAAGCCUUCGAGAUGAUAUAUCCCGUCUUGACUGAUUUCAGAAAAGUCUGA